ACAGCGCCUGCGUGCUCGAGCCCGCGAGGCGCGCUCACCGUCCCUGCCUCGCGAGCCUCGGUGAAAGGAUUUGGCGCCAGGCGGGUCUCUCUUCUGCAGCUGCCGCAGCCACCCGAGCCAGCCACCUCCGCCCAGACCGUAUCGAGUCCGUGCAGCCGCCGCCAUGAGCUGCUCCCCGGUGAACGUGAAGAAGCUGAAGGUGUCGGAGCUGAAGGAGGAGCUGAAGAAGCGGCGCCUCUCCGACAGGGGCCUCAAGGCCGAGCUCAUGGAGCGGCUCCAGACCGCGCUCGACCAGGAGGAGGCCGGCGGGGGAGGCCUGGCCGGCGGAGAACCCGGCAACGGCAACGCGGAGGAGAUGGGCGAGGCCGCUCCGGGCAGCGGCGGAGCCCAGGAGGAGGACCUGGCCCUGGGAGGAGGAGGAGGAGGCCCCGACCAGGCCGCGGCCUGCGACGACGAUGAGGAGGCCGAGUUCGGCGUCUGCCCCGGGGAAGAGGAGGAGGAGGAGGGCAUGGAGCUGGGCGAGGAGAACGGCGAAGGGGUGGCGGCCGGAGACGAGGAGGCGGCCGAAGACCUGGAGGACGACGAGAACGGCGACGACCAGGGCUUCCAGGAAGGGGAGGAUGAGGAGGAAGAGGCCGCCGCCGGCGCCGCCACCGCAGCCACCGCUAGCAGCAGCGGCGGCGGCGGCAACGCCAACGGCCACGGCGCCCAGCAGCAGCAGCAGCACGGCGCCGCGGCAAAGGAGGCGGCCGGGAAAGGCGCUGCCGCCUCGGAGGCCUCGGCCUCGACUCCGGCCUCCUCGGCCCAGCCCGGCGCGAAGCAGCUGUCACCCGCCCAGCAGCAGAAGCCCGGCGGGCCUGCUCGUCCUGGGGGUGAGUAGUGCGUGGGACCCGGAUGGGCGGCGGUUGGGAGCUCAGCAGCGAGGUCAGGGUCCGCCGCCAUCUUUCUCUUUCCCUCCCCCCCUCUAUCUCCACGGCCACCGCGCCUUUCCCCCCACCGCUGUCGGUGGAAGUGGGGAAGGCCCUCCCCGCGCGCCUGCCUUUGGGGAUUUCCAGGCCAGGCCCGCCGCGUGUCUCUGCGGGGGGGGGGAGCUUUGCGCCAUUUCGCGAGCGUGGUGAGGAAGGGGCGCGCGAGGCGGGGGGAGGGGCGACUCGCAGGAGCCGCUGGGGCGCGCUGUGGAACGUGCGAGGGAACGUUUUGUGCUGUUCUGCGUCACAUCCGUCCGUGGGGCGCUGUGGGCUCGAGUUCAAACGCUGAGUACAAUGGAGGCGGAGGAAUCCCUUUCGCAAAGCCUAGGCCGCGCGCGCGUGCCGAAAUCAGGCCGUGGCGGGGGGAGGGGGAGGAUGAGGAAGAGGUGGGCCUUUGGAGAGCCGCUGCUUAGGCGCGAUCGUAGAUCCAAGCGAAGACUUUCCCUGCUAACUCUGGAAGGUCAAAUCGACAGCGGCAAACGUCAGAGGAGGCAGACCCUUUAGUUUUCUGUGCACUUGAAGUUAUAAGAUUUACGGGAAGCAUUGUUACAAAUGCGCCGCGAGAGUAGAUGUUUUCCUAAUAAGAGUAAAAAAAGUAUGCUGUAUUUUAUCGUUUCUAACGUAUCUUAUUUCCCUCUUUAAAAAAAACGAAGGAGAAGCUAAAACUGAGCAAAAACCUGGUGAGAAAAAAAGGGGAGUUAAGCGGCCACGUGAAGACCAUGGGCGAGGGUAUUUUGAGUAUAUUGAAGAAAACAAAUACAGCAGGUAAAUCACUUUGGCGUGUUAAAGUUUUUCAUGAAAGGUUUUAAUAAUUUCGAUUUGUUGAACUCAAGUGACUGACCUUUUUUUGUUGGCCAGGGCAAAGUCUCCUCAGCCACCUGUUGAAGAGGAGGAUGAACACUUUGAUGACACAAUGGUUUGUCUUGAUACUUGUAAGUAUAAAAACACGCUUGUCGUUUAAAACAAACUUCUAAGACAGUCUGUUGAUUCUUUAAAAAAAAUUUGGGGGGGAGCCAUUUGUGUACCUGAGGUACAAUUCCUGCUCUUCUCUGAAAUUUUAGUUUUUCAAUGCAUUAGCUUUGAAUUUAAUCAGGAGAACACAAAAGUGUAAAGUGUUGUUCUGUGCAAAAAGUGAGGCACAAAGGGAGAAACUGAUGCUUUCAAAGGGGAACCAUUAUUUGAAAAACAGGGAGAUAUGAGAUAUGCUAAUUGUGUAACACUACUUUUGGAAAGUGGUGGAAUUUUCCACCUUGUAUCGCUUAGUAUGUCUGCAGAUGUUGGUUGGCAGCUGCAAUCUUGCUGCCUCCCGUCUGCGGGGUAUAUUUGGAGUCCCAAGUCAAUCUUGAGUUUUAUUGGUAAAAUAAUGGAAACUGAUAAGGAAUAUGUUUGAAAAUUGUUACCAAAUGAUAAUUUAAGGGCAUGUGUAUUCUAACAAGAUGAUAAGCCAUUGUUUGAGGUUGUAGGUAAUUUCGUAAGCUUUCACUUUAGAGCUUCAUGCACAUUCAAAAUGACUUUAUUAAGAACAAUGAAACUUUAAAAAGCUGUGAGAAGUUAUUCUGGGACAGUCUACAGUUACUUUGGCACAUUUGCAUUGCUCAUGGAAAAGUAGUGAACUGUUGCACAGACAAGUUUAUAGAGGGAUUAUGGAGGUAUUUCCAGAAGACAAAGUGGCUAUGCGAUACUAAUCCUUGGUUUGAAAAGUGAUAGUACUGGGCAGUGAAGCUGCUGAUUGUUGGUGUUUUAGAAAAUUUCAAAUUCAUAUGCUGCAGCACGAGAUAAAGAAUAGUAAACAACUUUAUCAUGUGCAUGUUUACUUAAGUAAAUUCUACCGAGUCCAGUUCAAGCUUAGUGCUGUAUUGGAUAUGUCUAGAAUUGCAUCUUAAACUGCAGUCCUCUGCACCCUUGGAAGUGAGGCCUACACUUUCUAUUUCACUUACAUAAUAUGAAAAUAUUGUUUGAUAGAACAAUUGAGAGUAUUUCUAGCAAUGUUUCUAUCUCUGUUUGAAUAGUGUCUGAUUCAAUGGCUCUAUAAAAAGCAAUAAUCUCUUGAGGUGUUGAGACAUUUGUAUUAUAGGACAACUUGUGUUUUGCUGAACAUUGUCAUCUUGAAAUCCUUUCUCAGUCUACAGCUUAUUCAUGGAAUGUGGUAUCAAAAUAAGUUUUACUCUGAUUAGACCCAUUGAAAUUAAUGAACAUUACAAAGUCAGGUCAAUUAAUUUCAGUGGGUUUACUUUGGGUAAAACUUAGUUGCAUACCAUCCAAUGGUUCUUAGGUUUUAUAUACUAGAAAACACAAUUAGAUUUGGCAGAGCACCAGAUAAGAGCACAUUUUAAGGGUCUGCACACAAAGCUAGCCCAAGACAAAUGAUGAUUACUGUAUUUUUCGCCCCAUAGGGUGCACCUAGUUUUUUGGAGGGGAAAUAAAGGGAAAAAAAUUAUUUUCCCCAGCCCCCAGAACAGGCUGCUAUCCGCAAGCCGUGGGAGAGCUGCACGACUUCGCACAGCUCUCCCAUGGCUAGCGGGUAGCUUCCUGAAGCCUGGAGAGCGAGAGGGGUCGGUGCGCACCAACCACCCUCGCUCUCCAGGCUUCAGUGAAAGCCUGCAUUCGCCCCAUAGGACGCACACACAUUUCCCCUUCAUUUUUGGAGGGGAAGAAUUGCGUCCUAUAGGGCGAAAAAUACGGUACUUCAUAGGGUAUGUGUGAAAAUACAUCAUAGCUAAGCUAAACAUAGAUAGAUAAUCCUGAUUCCAGAGUGAAAUAAGAUAGAUAGAUAAUCCUGAUUCCAGAGUGAAAUGAUAAGCUUCGGUCUUGAGCAAACGUCAUCACUUUGCUUGAGAACCCUUAAGUAAAAGGGGGACUGAGUUAAAUUUUGACUAAUUCAAGAGUUACCUGUUGUGACAAAGAAUAGCACUAAAUCAAACUGAUGUAACUUGAUUCUUACAGGUGUUCUCCACUUUUUUUUGUUCGACUGUAGUUGAACAGAUUUCAACCGUUUGAUUUUCUUUUAUUGACAGAUAACUGUGAUCUACACUUCAAAAUUUCAAGAGAUCGUUUUAGUGCUUCCUCAUUGACAAUGGAAAGUUUUGCCUUUCUUUGGGCUGGAGGGAGAGCAUCCUAUGGAGUUUCUAAAGGAAAAGUCUGUUUUGAGAUGAAGGUAAGCCAGAUCAGUAUUGAAGACUGUUGUUCAACAUUGUUUCUGAAUGCUUAUAGUUUCAGCUGAAAUCAAGCUAAACGAGGAGAGGAGAAACUACAUUUUAUUAUGGAAAAUUACGUAUUCUUGAUUUCAACUGGCAGUCAUGCCCAUUUCCAAGAUACUCCCAGUCUAUUCCCACCUAUAUGCUCCCUAACAGUCAGCAUUUUGUGGGUAAGUUCAGCCUUUAAAAGAGCUGGGGGUAUUUUUCUGGAGUGUGUGCCAGUUCCCCACCCCCACCCGUCAGUACUGACCCUCAUUAGCAUGAAAGGUGUUGUCUCUGCUGCACAGGCAUGGACACUCAGAAUCAUUUAUGUAUGAGUAUUAGGCAACUCAGAAUAAAAAUAGCUAAGACCAUAACAGGUAUUUUAUCAAUACCUGGAAAAUUUAGCAGUAAAGUGCUAUUUAACACACUAAAGCAAUUAUCCAAUUAGCCUUUCAUACAAAACCCAGAAUGGUUUCUUCAAUAAUAAUAAUAAUAGCAUUUUGCAGCAGAUCCUACACGUAGUACGCUUAUUACCAUCAUUCAACAUAAUGUGCUUACCUGGUCACCAUCAGCAUCUAGGGAGUUCACCCAAGUAAGGGAGUGAGUUGCCAGUAGAGGGAUGGAAUGAUUGAUCCCUCUUGAAACAGUCUGUGUCUCUGUGCUGGGUGUGGACCAGGGUAUGUGUUUCCUUUUUGUCCAACAUGGUCACAUGGGAAAGGACCACGCUGUUCCUUGAUUAUUAGCCUGCUGUGUUGCAAUGCUAGAUUCCCAGCUGGUGGACUACAUAGUGUUUAGCAUAGAAGCAUGGCAAGCUGCACUUUUAUGCUCUGCACACAAGGUGAAGCAAGUUGGUUGAGGAGGCAAAGAGCACUUGUUACUGGCUUGCCAUAUACAGUGGUACCUCAGGUUACAUACGUUUCAGGUUACAUGCUCCACUAACCCAGAAAUAUUACCUCGGGUUAAGAACUUUGCUUCAGGAUGAGAACAGAAAUCGUGCUCCAGCGGCGCGGCAGCAGCAGGAGGCCCCAUUGGCUAAAGUGAUGCUUCAGGUUAAGAAUGGACCUCCGGAACAAAUUAAGUACUUAACCUGAGGUACCACUGUAUUUUACUAGCCUGCAAUUUGCUCAUAAGAGGAGCUGAAAACUUUUUUUUAAAAAAAGUGUAUGAAAGACUGGUAAUUUUGGAGCCUGAUUGACAAGGUUAGCUAAGCUAUACUUUUAUUAUAACUGUAGUUAAUAGCAGCUUUUUUAUUACAAAAAUAGGUAACUGAAAAGAUCCCUGUCAAGCACCUGUAUACAAAAGACAUUGACAUACAUGAAGUGAGAGUUGGCUGGUCACUGAACACAAGUGGGAUGCUGCUUGGUAAGCUUUUCCCUUAAAACAUGGAUUGUCAUGGUGAUGCGUCUUUUUGUAGGAAUGGGUGUAGUACUUUUCUGAGUGCUUAAAAGAGGGAGAUGAUGAAUCACUGUAGACAGAAAAUGCAUGGUAAAACUUAAUUUUGAAAAAAGAGUAACUACAACCACUAUUUUUGUUAGUAAUGGUAGUUAGAAGUUACAUUUGAUCUAUGGAAUCUGUUCCAGAAAACUCAGCACUUCGACAAAAGGAAUAUAGUGAAGUGCCAGCAUACCUGACAUCCUCUAUUUUUAUAUUGGGCAAAGAAGAGUGCUUUGAAUCAAAUCCCUUAGCAACAGCACUCUUCACCUUUGUGCCUAUUUCAUGUCUCUGUCCGCCUGAGGAGCCUAGUACAGAAGGAAUGGCUCCAGCACAUGUAGGAAUCGGAGGCUAAUUCAUUGUGUGCUUGCCAGAAGUGAUUAGUUGGUGAGAAGCUGAAGUAACAUCCUACGCAGCUUAUUUCCUUGGAUUAGAAAGAAAAUAAUGGGACUUUCCCACCAGACCUGUGCUCUAAACUAAAGUUACUUCCUGAGCUCUCACAUGAGCCAUUCUCACUUUGCAGUGUACCAUAGUGCUAGGAUUCUGCAGUGGAUGGGGGUUAUCUGUAUGGUGCAGCUUUUAUAGAAAAUCUUGAGAUUGAAUGUCGGGUUACAAAUACAGUAAUUCAGAACUUGAAAACCUCAAUUGCAACUGUUCAAAUUUAUCAGGCGAGGAAGAGUUUUCUUACGGAUACUCCUUGAAAGGAAUAAAGACCUGUAAUUGUGAGAUUGAAGACUUUGGUGAGAAAUUUGAUGAAAAUGAUGUGAUCGGAUGUUUUGCUGUAAGUAUUUCUUUACUUGGAAUGUCAAUUUCUAUUUGCUGCUGCUUUGCAGUUACCUGCUUUAUAACAAAAUGCACAACUUUAUUUCCUUAAUUAGGUAUUGCACCUUUGCUUAACUUUCAAGUGUUCAGAUUUCCCUUUCAAUUUCCACUCAAGGCUUAAGUUCUAGAUUUAUUUCUAAUUAAUGAACCUGCCUAAGUUCAUUUAUGCUAACACUUUUUUUUUGUAUAACAGAAUUUUGAUGGUGAUGAAGUGGAACUUUCUUACUCAAAGAAUGGACAGGAACUUGGCGUUGCUUUCAAAAUCAGCAAGGAAGUUCUUUCUGAAAAGCCCAUUUUCCCCCAUGUUCUCUGCCAUAACUGUGCUGUUGAAUUUAACUUUGGCCAGAAGGAUGAGCCGUACUUCCCCAUACCAGAGGGGUACACCUUCAUCCAGAAUGUUCCCUUGGAAGAUAGAGUUAGAGGACCCAAGGGACCAGAGCACAAGAAAGAAUGUGAAGUAAGUAACGGUCCAUUUUGAAAUCAUUGAAGCAUGCCAGCUUGAGUAUUUGUCUUGAGGCAGUUGAUAUGGGUACCACAAAUGACAAGCCUAGUCUUGUAGGGCAAUUGGGGUAUAAAAUAAGCGCUUUCAUUUUUUAUGCCUAAACUCAUUAGGUGGUAAUGAUGAUUGGCUUGCCUGGUGCUGGGAAGACUACAUGGGUUACCAAACAUGCAGCAGAGAACCCUGGGAAGUACAAUAUCCUUGGAACAAAUACUAUUAUGGACAAAAUGAUGGUAAGUUCCAACUACUGCAAAAUUUUAGCAUAGUUCUAUGGGUGGUUCAUCCCACUAUGUUCAGUGGGACUUAUUCCCUACCUUAAGUGUUUAGGAUUGCAACUUUAAGGUAACUCAUUUGGAAACUUGUAGCUAUCAUGUAUCUAUAGUAAUAAAGCUUAGAUGUCUUUAACUCAUUUAAGGGUACUGCUUUAGCAGUUGAUGGCGCACUGAAAAGCUUUAUUUCUAUGGAGCGGGUAUUUUCUAGAUUGUUCAUUUGGAAACUUAGAAGAAGCUGUUAUUCCCCUAAAAGUAUACACAUCCUGCUUGAAAUAUUGGAACUCCAGAUUAAAAUAAGUCUCACCUGGUUUAGCUGUAGGCUGUUACGUGACACAUUUGUUUUGAGAUUUGCAUGGUAUAUUAAUAGUAAAGUGUCUGAAUUAAAUAUUGCAAGGCACUGAAUGAUGGGAUAAAUUGGGUUGGCCUGUUUAAUUCUUAGGAUUGAUCUCAUGAGCAUUUAGAACUCUUUCAAAGCAAAUCAUGUAUUGCAAAACAUUGCCUAAAAUGUUUCUGGUAUUAGCAAUUAUAGACAAUUUCUUGCUAUUAAAAAAUACCCAAUGAUAAGAACAUUAAUGGCAGUGAAUGCUGGGCAACUUCUGUUUUCAUAGGUUGCAGGUUUUAAGCGGCAAAUGGCUGAUACUGGAAAACUCAACACACUGUUGCAGAGAGCACCACAGUGUCUUGGCAAGUUUAUUGAGAUUGCUGCGCGUAAGAAACGGAACUUUAUUCUGGAUCAGGUAUGGGGGCCAAAGUUCAUUGUUUUACAAAAUUUAGUUAAGCUGCCAUUUGUUUAAGGGGGGGUGUAGAUUCUAAACUUCAAUGGCAGAUACAGUUUAUAUAUUGAGGCAAUAAAGUUAGAAUAUUAGCAAUUGUACUUAGGUUUGUAAUAUACAUGAAAUCAGGGGGAGAAUGGUUAUCCUAGCCUCUACGGCCUAACAUGUACAUAACUUCCUUCUACUUGUAAACUUCUUUGCAUUUAUACAUGUGGAGGUGAAAUCUAAGCACACUAAUUUAACUUAGCUCUAACAAUGACAGCUACGUGUAGUAAGUUACUGCAUUUUUUUCAGACAAAUGUGUCUGCAGCUGCGCAGAGGAGAAAAAUGUGCCUGUUUGCAGGCUUCCAGCGCAAAGCAGUUGUUGUUUGCCCAAAAGAUGAAGACUACAAGCAAAGAACACAAAAGAAGGCAGAGGUGGAGGGAAAAGAUCUUCCAGAGCAUGCAGUGCUCAAAAUGAAAGGCAUGGAACAUAAUCUAUACUGUGUUCUAGGAUGUUGAGUAUCUGUUUAAAGGAAUAAUGUAAAAACCUAAAGAUUCAAAAUUUCUUGCCUUAAAACAGUUAUGCCUCUUUAAAAAAAAACUGGAAGACUUCUGUAACUUUGUAAGACAACACUAUAUUGUGUUCCCUCUGCUGCAGCCCUUAAUACUACUUAAGUCAUGAUAUGCUUCAUGCAGAUGCACAAAGCUGUCUUGGCAUAAAGUGCCCUAGAAAACGAAGCUAAACGUGUUAUAGCAGACGUGUGUUCCCAGUUCAACUUAAUAGGGAGAAUGUGUCAAAGUUUUCAGGAAUCUUGCUCCUACCUUGAAGUGAUGAUUACUUGUCUUGUAUUCCUUUUAUAUAGGAGGGGAACUUUGGCUUUUUCUAAUGGCUUCAGAAAUAAAUACUGAAUAUUCAGGACUCUCUAUCUUGUAGGAAAUUUUACUCUGCCAGAGGUGUCAGAAUGUUUUGAUGAAAUAAUCUACGUAGAGUUGCAAAAAGAAGAAGCCCAGAAGCUUCUGGAACAGUACAAAGAAGAAAGCAAGAAGGCCCUUCCUCCAGAGAAAAAACAGAACACUGGUUCAAAGAAAAGUAAUAAAAAGAGUGGUAAAAACCAGUUUAACAGAGGUGGACAGAGAGGACGCGGUGGAUUUAACAUGCGUGGCAACUUCAGAGGAGGAGGUAUCCUGUGCUCCUAAAACUGCUUCUUAAAAUAUCUUAAUUUUUAUACCCGAGGUCUUAGUUGCUUGCCCCAAAGAAGAGCAGAGCUUUGAGAAUAGAUCAAUGUGGAUGGAGACAAUGUCUUCAUUUCUGAAGAAAAUACAGCUGGAGGGGCCCAGGCAUGGCUUUGAUUUAGCAGGAAAAAAACAAUGUAAUUCAGCAUCCUAAAGCUUAAUUUUUUUAAAGAAGCAGCUAGGUGUACGUUUAUGGACAGAACCUCAUGAAAUCACCAGUGCUUGGGCUGAAUGAGUUUUCGGUGGUUUGGGAGAGGGCUGUCACUAUCUUUCCCCAUAACUGUUCUUAAAGCAACCUCAGUUUGGACUCUAUAACAGUUUUCAAAUGCCUUGCCCCAUGGAAUUUCAAUUUUGUCUUCCAAGUUCAAAGCUCCUUUACUAGAAAAAACUAACUUGUGCACAGGCUGAAAUUAAUGUCUAUUACUAAAUAGUCUUGUACUUCUCUUCUCUUCCCCAACCCCCUGGGUCAAAUUAAAGUAUGCCAUUGGGUCAAUAUUAAAAUUCUAAUUUUUCACAGUCCCUGGAAAUCGUGGAGGAUACAACAGGAGAGGUGGUAACAUGCCCCAACGUGGAGGUGGAGGAGGCGGUGGCAGUGGUGGGGCAAUAGGCUACCCAUACCCCCGUGGUCCUGUCUUUCCGACCAGAGGUGGCGGUGGCGGAGGAGGUGGUUACUCAAACAGAGGAAACUAUAACAGAGGUGGAAUGCCCAACAGAGGGAACUAUAACCAGGUAAUUCGCUGUAGUCAGGAAGAUGGCAUUUUUGGCUGAAUCUUUUGGUGCUCUCUUUAGCAACCAAUACAGAAAGUAUGUUUAAAAGUGUGAUCCUAAUAAAUAACAAUACUAUUCCUGAAGUAUAUGAUGUACAAUGUUUUUUCAAAGUUUUAUAACACGUGCAAUCCUGUAGUGCUGAAACCUAAGUUUUUUAAAUUGUACUUUUGUCUUACGCUGUUCCAGUAGUUUCUAUCUCAAGGAACCGAUGAGGUCUAUGCUCAGUGUCCUGCAUUAGGUGCUCUCAAGGCCAAUAUAUAGGAGCUGAAAGACAUACAGUGGUACCUUGGUUUAUGAACUUAAUCCAUUCUUAAACCAAAGCGUUCUUAAACCAAGGUGCGCUUUGCCAUAGAAAGUAAUGCAAAAUGGAUUAAUCCAUUCCAGACUUCUGAAAACAAACCCCUAAAUCAGCAAUUUAACAUGAAUUUUACUAUCUUUACAAGACCAUUGAUCCAUAAAAUGAAAGCAAUAAUCAAUGUGUACUGUACUAUAAAAUAAAUAAAACAGUAUUGUAGAUGAUUAAAAUUAAAAAAUGUACGUGCACUGAUGAUAGUCAUUGUUUGGAUGUGGGGCUUUUAUCCAUUUCCACAGUCAUGGGGGAGAGUUGUGAGCCCGCCACAACGCUGUGAUGACCCCCUUCUCUGCUGCCAGAAGUGUGGCACUCAAAACGGGAGUGCACCCCGAAUGGAGUACAUUCACACUCCAAAAAAAAAUAUGCAAACAAGAACACCCAUUUCCGGUUUUGAAGUGUUCGUAACUAGGCUGUUGGCUAGGUUGUUCGUAACCUUGAGGUACUGUAUUAGAAACAUAGGGUUUUAGCAGAGAUCCCAUAUAUAAUUUAUGCAACAGUGCAGCUGUGCUUUUUGUAUGAAGUCCUGUUUUCUAAUCAAGCAUAUUCCUCCGUUGAUAGAUAAUGGAAUGGGCAGAAGGUAGAUUGGAAUCUAUUGGUUUAUUCACUCUGAACCACCCAGAGACCUGUAAGAAUCUCUGGCUCAUAGUAGCUGUAGCAGAAUUACCCCACCCCAUAAACAUUAGUAUUUAAAAUAGAUUUGAGUGACAUUACCAUGAUUUGUUUGUUUGAAAGGAUUGAGCCUGUACCUGUGUGAAAUUCCUGGGUUUAAAAUUAAUCUAAACCUCAAGAUUUUAGUAAAAAAAACCCACACAAGUAAUCUCACAAGCCUCUGCACCAUCCCUCUGCUAGGUAGCAUUUCAUCCAGACGAUGAUCAUAAGACCACUGACCAUGUAAUUUGUAUGUAUAGCAAGAUCAGCACCACAUUUGUUAUUUGCUGGUUUAGCCUGAUUCCCCAACUUGCAUGUGUUCAGGAGCAGUACUUUACUGGCAUAUGGGUAAAUACUGACUAGCAAGAAGAAUUUGGAAUAAAUGUCUCUUGUCAGAAUGUUGCCUUGAUAGUUAGGAAUCAACAGCAACUGAAGUCUUUUUAUCUGAAAGUUUAUUAACUGAAACAUUUUUGAAGUUUACUACAGAUAGCCGUCUGGGUGUGGUUUUGGCCAUUGAAUGGUGAAAUGUUUAAUUAACUACAAAUCAAUUUCUUGGACUUUCGUUACAGAACUUCAGAGGAAGGGGAAACAAUCGUGGCUACAAAAAUCAAUCUCAGGGCUACAACCAGUGGCAGCAGGGUGUAAGUAAACUUUCUCAAUCUGCAGCAAAAUAAGAAGUAACGUUAAGUGUAUGUUUUAACAAGUAAACCUUUAUGAGAAUAUAAAUAGCUUAAGAGUAACGUUAGUACAAGAUGUAGUUUGUUCGUAAUUUGUACUUCAUACAGUGGAACCUUGGGUUGCGGACGUAAUCCGUGACAGAGGCACGCCCGCAACCUGCAGCGCAGCAUCUGCGCACACGUAUGAUGCGAUUUGGCACUUCUGCACAUGCGUGAGGCGAAACCCGGAAGUAACCCUUUCCGGUGCUUCCGGGUUUCCCGUGGUCCGCAGCCUGAAAACACGUAACCCGAAGCGUUUGUAACCCAAGGUACCACUGUAUGUGUAAACAAUCAUAGGAGUGGGAUUAAAGUAUUAGGAAGUGUCCACACUUCACUCCCAAUUGCAUGCUUCAGAUGUUUUUCAUACACACCUAUGGAAUGUAGAAAUAAAAUUUGCUGAUAUUUGACAAUGGUUAACAGUGUUUAUCUUGGUUUUUGCAGCAAUUCUGGGGUCAGAAGCCAUGGAGUCAGCAUUAUCACCAAGGAUACUAUUGAAUUCCCAAAUAAAAUGAACUGAUCCAUAUUUCUUCAAAACCUUCACAAGAAGUCGACUGUUUUCUUUAGUAGGCUAACUUUUUAAACAUUCCACAAGAGGAAGUGCCUGCAGGUUCCUUUUUUAGAAGCUUUGUGGGUUUGAUUUUUUUUUGUACAUUUUUAAUUGCAGUUUUAAAGUGAAUCUUAAGAGAACCUCAGCAUUGUGCACGAUAAGAGAAUGUCAGUAUUUCAGGGUUCUGCAUUUUAUCUGUAAAAUGUGACUUUUUUUUUACCACAACAAAAGUAAAAUGUUGCUUUGUAUCUGGUGUCCUCUUAUUAAAGAUUUUCUUUUCUCUUCUCCCCCCCUUAAAAAAAAAUUAUAAGAAACAGUCGAGAGUCAUCAAAACAGAAAAGUUAGCAACCAGGCUUGUUGUGGCCCCAUGAAUACUAAUACUAUGUAAAUAAUGCUCAUUACACUCCAUCUUCCACUCCAUCCUCUCUGUGCAGUUUCUAGGUAUGGAAGAGGGGGAAGAGAAAUAAGAAUGGUCUUUUGGCAAUAAGCUAGGUUGUAUUUUUGUUUUUUAAUUUGGCAAAGGGUUGAGGGUGGGGUUGCAAAGCAAAACCUAAAGAUUAAAUAGUGAAGGUGGAGUGCAUGUAAAACCUGGUUGCUUUUGUCUGUGGAGGCUCAACUUGUGAAGGUACACACCAUCAACUUUUUCCAUUUGUUAUGCAUUUUGAUUCUGAAAAAAGCUGGCUCUGCCCAUUUCUUAUUAAACAAACUUGUUGUAAAUCCAGUUGUCUAAUGGGAUCUAUAUGAAGUUAGCUGUGUGUCUGUAACCUUUCCCCCACAAAUACUGUGUAUUUAGUGUGCUUGUAGUAGUAACUCCACCAUUUUGUAAAUGAAAUUGUGAUUCACCCAUUUUAUAUCUAAUUUUUAAUCAUGUUAGUUCUCAGAUGGGUGUGUCUCCUUAGCCUGCUGAUUUACUUAUCUAAAGAAAGUGGGUGGAGAAAUUAACUUUAGCCGUUUGUUUGCAAUAAAAUAAAAUCAUUUUACUCUUGUUCUGGGAUUCUCACCACAUUGGUCUAAAAUCCCUUUAAUGACUUUGAGGGGCAGGAUACACAAAUAUAGUGAGAUGUAUAUGCACCACAUGCAUGCUUUCACAUAAUAAAGAAAACCAGUUGAUUAAGCAACUUAAAACACUUGACAAGACUUCUGGAAUCAGGAAUCCGGUAGUCCCUUGUUGGAAGGAAUUUCUGAAUUUCAUGAAAUGGAUGGCAAUAUACCAGCACACAAAUGUGUUAGUUUUGCAAAGAAUAGCCAGUAGUAUUUGUAUAUUGCAGGGUUGGUGCUUAGGCUAACAGAACUCUCAGUGGUGGUGGCAAUUGAAGCUCAUAAAGGUAAAGGGACCCCUGACCGCUAGGUCCAGUUGCGGACGACUCUGGGGUUGUGGCGCUCGUUUCACUUUACUGGCUGAGGGAGCCGGCAUACAGCUUCCGGGUCAUGUGGCCAGCAUGACUAAGCCGCUUCUAGCGAACCAGAGCAGCGCAUGGAACCCCCGUUUACCUUCCUGCCGGAGUGGUACCUAUUUAUCUACUUGCACUUUGACGACGUGCUCUCAAACUGCUAGGUUGGCAGGAGCAGGGACCAAGCAACAGGAGCUCACACCGUCGCAGGGAUUCGAACCGCCAACCUUCUGAUCGGCAAGCCCUAGGCUCUGGUUUAGACCACAGUGCCACCCGCUCAUAGCCAGAGUUAAUAUUUGAUGUAAAAUGGCAAAUUAGUUUGGGCGUCUUCUAGAGAGAAUAUAGGUGGUUAUAUAUGUUGUGGCUAGAUAGCUUCUUUUACAGCUACACUUGGCAGGAUUAGUUUGGUAUAUAUUAUAUUUGGAGUUCCUAGUGAAUACGCCACUUCAAGUGAGCUAAUGGUGCAUCUGCAGGAGUGUGUAGUUGUGUUUCAAGGUUUAUCACUGGAUUCUACUUUUUAGAGUACUUGCACUAAGCUUAUGAAAGAACAGGUUUAAAAUGUUAAGUGCUAGGAAGGAUUAACUAGAUCAUAGUCUUCAAGGUGCUGUGAUGCCUGGUGUUUCUAGCUUUAUAUUUGUUUUGAGUUUCUCCCUGCUUUCUCCCAUCUUUGCUGCAGCCUGCCACCCCCCUCUUGGAAACACGCUACCUGACAUGGAAACAGGUUGAGAUAGGUCUAAGGGGUGGAGUUGGUGGUGCUUGCUCAUUCACAACAUUUAGGUAUCCAUUUAGAGACCAAGCCUUGAAAUGUGUUUACUCACUAGACUAGUUUCAGUUCACUUGAAUAGAAAUCUUGGGUAAGAAAGGGGUUGGAAUCCCAGUUGACUUUGAUGCGUAAACUGGUGGGGAGUGUGUGCCUUGAGUGUCUUUCUAUGUUCCCCCUAUUCCAGGAGUGCAUAUAGGGUUUGAGUUUAUGUGGGAAGAUUUAUUGGGGUUUUCAGCUAGAUCUGUUUGGGAGUAAGAGUGGAAUCCGAAUCUCAUUUACCUGGAAGUAAAAUCACUUGUCUAGAUUAUGCAUUUUAGAACAGUCAUAGAAUUGGUAGCUUAUUGCCAGACUAAUGUGUCUGAACCCUUGUUAGUUCCAUCCAUAGUGUGCCACUAACGUGCUUUCAGGGAAUCUAAAAUGUGCAGUGGUAACCUUUAAGGCUUUCAGAAAGUUUCAGAAGUUAGUCUUGUAGAAACGUCACUAAGGUUAAGGUAUUACAUAUCAUCUGCCUCAUUAAAAUACAGCUAAGCCAGUGUAAUGACUUGGACUUGCAUCUGUACUUAGAAUCAUAGAGUUGGAAGAGACCACAAGGGCCAUCGAGUCCAACCCCCUGCCAAGCAGGAAACUUGGGGACUGCUGGUCUAAAUGGCUCUUGCCAUGUUAAGAUUUUUAGUUUCACCAUUCCUAAAAUGCCAAGAUUUUAGUGUUUGGCUAGAAGAAACUAGUGCACUGCUGUAUACAGAUAACACUGUUAACCAAUAUGGAAAGAUUGUAACUUGCACAGAUGACUCUAAUUCUAGGAGGAAUAGUGUAAAAGCAAACCAUGUGCAGAAUGAAUGCCUCCAUGCUUUCAAAUCCACACUCCUAGAGUCAUGACUUAGUGAACCUUGCCGGAGGGACUUCUAGCCAAAGUUACAACUAAGAGAAUAUGCCAUGACUAAAGAGUCCAGCAUAUGUCCCCGUAGUAACUAAAAUUUUAAAAAAGCAGUUAAUCAAAAAUAACAGUGUUUUACUGUCUUACAUUGGUUCUUGAAUGUACUCUUACAUUUUGGCUCCCAAACGCUGAAAACCUGUUAGUGUUACGGUCAAUCUGAAGCUGCGCCUUGGUUUUCAAAUGUUUCGGAAGUCUAACAGACUUCAGGAAUGGAUUACGUUCGAGAACCAAAGUAUGACUAGUUCAUGGUUCCUUGGGCCAAACAUAAUUACCGCUUGCAGGAAUACUGUAUUGGGUAAUAUUAAAUUUGUAUACCACCCUUCACUCAAAAAUCACAGGGCAGUUCACAGCAUAAAAAUAGAAAAUCAAAACGGGCCAUGGAAAAGAGCAUGUGCUUUUUGCUUGCAUUAAAACAUCCUAUGUUAAUGUAGAGCGCGCUCUUCUGCAUUAGGUCUACACAGCGCCUCUGGUUAGACUUGUAAGCAUAUCAAGUUCACUUUCAAUUGUUACGCAUACUGUUACCUGUAUAAUUGUUUUGUGCAAGCCUUAUUAGCAAUGGCACAGGGUUCUGUAAACCCCACUUUAGGCAGUAAAUUAGCACUAGAUACCCAUUCAUCCAGUUGGAAAGCCCAUCAGAACAAAUAUCUUUCUGGUUCUGCAUUUUCAUUCAGGAGCAAAGUACCACAACAUCUUACUACAUCACCAUUACAGUAGCAAGGGAUAUAAAAUGGUCGCUUGGAUUUAUCAUUUCUACUAAACUUUAUUCUUUUUUAAAAGUUCACUUAAUAUGAAACUCAGCCUAUACAAGUAAUUACCCAGAUCACUUGUUGAACUGCUAAAACAGGAUACGUUUACAAACUCUUAAAGCAUAAUGGGCUAUCUUUGGAAGCUAGGCCUAGAUGACAAUCUGUACAAAUAAUUUUGCUGCAGGGAUUCUCAAAAGCAACAGAGGCAAACUACCUUUUACAAAAAAAAAAAAACCCUGAAGAGUAGGCCUCUACAGCACAAAGAAUGGUUAACAGUAAAAACCUCGCACAAUGCGCUCAAGUAUAUUUCUACUCGCCCACCUAGCUCUUAAAUUUAUUUUGAUUAAUUCUAUACAAUAUUGCAAAGAGUACUUGCAAUGCUAAACAUAAAUACAGGUGCCUAAUGUAAUUAAGGAUGCUUUUAUUAUUGUACAAGCAGCAUACAAAACUGGUAAGCGGUCAAAGUAUGGAAAACAGUAGCCACCACUAUUAUCAAACAGACCGAACAGAAUUGCUUGCUAUUAUAAUUACCGUAUAUACAACUGGGUAAAGGCUUUGUAAAAGGACAAGGUUUUUUUUUUACAUGAUUUCAAGGCAGAAAACUUGCACAACUUUUUCUCUGGAGUAGAAAGAGGGUAAUGAGUACAGUGGUACCUUGGGUUAAGUACUUAAUUUGUUCCGGAGGUCCGUUCUUAACCUGAAGCACCACUUUAGCUAAUGGGGCCUCCCGCUGCCGCCAGAGCACAAUUUCUGUUCUCAUCCUGAAGCAAAGUUCUUAACCCAAGGUAAUACUUCUGGGUUGGCGGAGUCUGUAACCUGAAGCGUAUGUAACCCGAGGUACCACUGUACUUUCCUAGAACGAUUCCCUUCUUUAGCUUAAUUUAAUGCAAACAGUAUUCUAAUGAAAGGGCACGAUGCAAGUGAUAAAUUUUAUUGAGGAAAAAGAUGCUUGUAUGCAACUUUAGAUUAGUUGUAACAUUAUUGAGCAACCUUGCAAACUCAAAUUGCUUCCAGCUCAAGACUAGUUUAAGACAUUCUGAAGAAGUGUUACAAGCAUCACGGUUAUCUUGUGCUGCUCUAGAAUCCUGGGUUAAACAUCAAGUGUCAUCUACUGCCCCUUCCCCAAGGAAAGUAAAUCAGAUUGCAUAUGCUUUACCCUUGAUUUGAAAGUGAGAAUAAAUGAAAAAUACGAUUUGGCGCUUCAGGGCAGUCAACUGAACUGUUUCCUAAUGCUCGGCAAAUGAGCUAUGGCUCGUAUUGUGCUUAGAAAUGUUCACAACCAAGUGCUGUUUCAAGAACGGCUUUCUUCACUUUUCUUUUUCUCUGGAUCAAAUUGGGUGCUUUCAUACAAAAUUUUCUUUCUCAUCCCUUCUUGAACCAUUCGUUGCUGAAUCCUUAGUUUUGCAUUAUUGUAUCUACAGUAGACCCUCAAUAAAGAAAAAAACAAAAUAAUGAAUGAUCCCCAUCCUAUUUUAGAGAAUAAGAACUCCCAGUAUUUAUUCAGAUGGUAUAGUAUUGAACCAGCCUGUACUUUGAAGAAGACAGAAAUGCUUUACACAACUUUUUCUUAAGUAACUGUAUUCUGCAAACAAAAACAUGGAAUAGAUGUGCACAUAGGGAAAAGUUAAAGAAAGCUUUGUACAAAGGGAACAGACCUCUGCCUGCACAAUAGGACUUCACCUUCCUCACACCCUCUCAAUCCACUAUAUGCACCUUUAUUACGCACCUUAAGACAACAGGCGAACACAUUCCUCUUCAACCAGGCCUUUGGCUGAUGAACAUCUUACACCCUUUUAAAAAAAAGUGCUUGUGGGAGGGAGAUUUAUUGGUGGUUGGUCUUUUUGCUCAUUAUUAUUUUGGGUUUUUAAAAAACUUUAUGUUGUGAACCACCCUGUGAUCUGUGGAUGAAGGGCAGUAUACAAAUUUAAUAAAAUAACAAUGCCCACAAAAUCUGCUUGGGAGACAAGGCACUUGGGGGAGAUAUGUAGAGUCUGCAGAAAGUAGAUGAAGGCAAUGUUCCAUUGCAGAAACAAGUCCACUCAUGCAACACUGGAGUCUGCCAUCUCUCAGUUGCAUCAGUGAAGAUAUUGGAUGUGAAUUUGGAUUGUUAUACUGUCCCACCAUAUUAUUUAAAGACCCCUCCCAAGCAACGGACAGCUGGAGUAGGGUGCAGAAGGUGUAAAUAUGUCAUAUAUUUCCAGGAAUAGCCUGGUACACUAGUGUGAUUACAUGUGCUGAGUUGUAGGCAGGGGUGCCAACUAGAGUAAAAUAUUGGGUGGGCUCAGGUAAGCCCCAUGCUGCAUAAUUAUUCAUAAGGCGUGGCACACACCAUUUGAAUGGCAAUGCCCAUCAACUUUGGGGGACCUGGUUCCCUCAAAUAUUUUAGGGGGUGCGCAAAGGUUUCUAGGAGCUGGCUCCUAGGGCUGUAGGAAGAAUCCACUCAAAGCCUAUCCACUCACAUCUUCAACACAAGUCUGAGAAUUUCAGAAACGUACAUACCAACAUCCUAAUGUUGUCAGGAUAAAACCUCCCACUCCAAAGUCACAGGAUCGUCUCACUCUGCCUAGGCAGAAAAGAAGUUUGUUCAUUUUUAAGUUAUGUAGACAACAUAACAAUUGGACAAGAAGAAAAGGAACUAACAGAAAAACAACGUAGGAAAUGUAUUUUAGAAGUAUUUAGCCAACUAUUUCUGAAGAUAUAGUUGGCUUUGCUUAAUCUUUAUGAUAACAUUUGCACAAACAAAUGAGACAACAAGUUAAACAGAAUGAGCUACACAAAAUUUGCAGUAAUUUGACAUGUACUAACCUCAUAAAAUUUGACAAAAGGUCAAUAAAGGAGGAAAUGCAGCCUGUCGAACAAGACAAAGACUAGAUUCUAGAACUACUGGCUGCCAAAGAAAGGAACCCUCUUAUAAAUCGGUAUUGUUAUAAUGAGGCUAUUACUGUUUACCUUUACCUUUACCUUUAAUUGAAACUAAUAAAAACUAUUAUUAAAAAAAGAGAAAGGAACCCUCUUAAUUAUUCUCAGCUGCUGAGGUAUGCUUAUGAAUACCCCAAGAACUUUAAAGAACAAUUGGUAUGCAAUGUUUUGGAGACUGAUUGUGCUGUAUGUACACCUUUGCUGGGAAGGGUUUUAGAGAGGACGCAAGCAACACUUUAUGUCAGCUGUUGCGCUGUAUUAAUUGCUGCAUGGAGCAAAGUAUUACCAAAAGAGAGAAUGGAAACAAAGAGAGAAUGGAAACAAAGAAAAUAUUACAUAUAAAAAGAAAUAUCUGCAGAUUUACUUUUACUUACUAGUUGCCAAAAAGUGUCCAAGACCCAAAGUUAGACCACCCAAUGAGCCAUAGAGCACUGAUUCUCGAGCACAAGGGACAUUUCUGACGUCAAGUAUUCCCAGUAGCUUAAAAGACUUGAAAGAAAUGAAACAUAUCACAUUAAACAAUGCAUUGGUUAUGUACAGAACCUUCUGAAGUGCUGCAUUUAGUACAGUAGAUGAUUCCUGUCCCUUUAAUAGUGAUGUAGAGCAAAAAGAAAAAAACAUGUAGUUUUCCCACUGGGCCAAAAGGACAAGAAAAGGACACAACCAUUUAAACUAAUUUAUCUUACUACAUUAUUCUCCAGUAGCUUUUUAAAGGGGUGGGGUGAAGUUGUUGAAAAGUUAUUCUGUUAUUCUCAUUGUCAUUCUCAUACCAAUGGACAAAGCAUGCAUCAAAUCACCUUGAUCUUUUGCAGCUACCAUCCACCUGAAGGCAAAAUCAUUCCCAAUGUGGUAUAUAAAAGGCUAUGCUUGAUUUUUGUAUAUUUUUUUACACUGAUAUCCCACCUCUCUCUCUUCAUGGUGGCCUCAUAUACCUUCAGACCAUACCUUGGGAUACUUGAGUUUGGAUAGUGCAGCAUGACCAUAUUGAUCCUGCUGAAUUUCUCAGGAUUUGACGCACUGAUCAGUGACACUGAGCCAUCCUUCUGGGUUGGAAGGCUCCACAUUUCAGUGGUUCCUAUCUUUCCUGGAGUUUUGAAAGGAGUGAGCGCAUGCUGAUUCUGUUGAAUUCUCAGCACCAUAUGAUGCAGUGGAAGAAAAUCCUAUACAAAUUUCCACUUUGCAUCACCAUUCUUUUAAAAAUACAAGAGUGCUCUAAAUUUGGCAUUUUUAUUUUACCUGCAUUUAGUAAGGGAUACGUAACCGGAGGCGAACAUAAGUAGAGGUACCACUGCAUUUGGGGGGGAGGGCAGGGGAAGAAGUUAAUGCUGCAAUCCUACAACCAGUUGAAGGCCCGCUGGGUGGGGGGGCGGCAAUAGGAAACUGUGAGCGCUGUUCUACAGCUGGAGAGAAGUUUCCAUGUGAAACAACAUUAAGCUGUUGAGGCCCCUUGGAAACCGGAAAGUGCAAAUGUCUUACAAGCAGUGCAGGUCUAAACAAGGCAUUUUGGGGUUGUAUUGGGAGAGUCGUGGAUCUGAAGCUUCUAUAAUGACUGCUUUGCCCACCUCCACCCAACAUGCUCACAAAAUUGGUCUGAACUGGAACAAUGGGAGGAAAAAUUCUUUUCCCCACCUUCCACUACUCUGGCUGCAGCAAGCUGGCAGGUCUGCUCUAAAGGAAAACAUUUUCAUCUGCUCUAAAGGAAAACAUUUUCUUCCAAUAGCAAAGGUUCCAUUUAUAGCACAAUCCUAUACAUGUCUACACAGAAGUAAACCCACUGAGCGCAAUAAGGCUUCCUUCCAUGUAAGUGUGCAUUGGAUUGCAGCUAUAAAAGCCUCCACUUGUCUGCCCAAACAUUCAGGGUCAGGGCAUAAAACAAUGGAUCAAAAUUUCUUUGGAGCUACGGUUGUCAUGUCUUCAGUAUAGCCCUCUGUUUUCCUCGAAGGCAGGAUUAAAAACCAUUUUAAAUUAUUAGUAUUUUUAAAAAAGAAAAGAAAUGCCAGCGAUUGUGACAAAGGAACCUGAGUAAACAAAACGAGUAUUAUGGUCCACUUAUGGCCGUGCGACGCGUUAUGUGGACUCAGAAAUAUAUCGGGCAUUAAGUGGUUUGAAGCGAGCCUCCGUUUCCUAGGGAAGGUGCGGUCUACCAGGGCGAUAAGGCGCGACGGUUGAAUAGAGCUUCCACGCUCAGAGGCAGUGUACCUGCUGGAAGGGGAGGGCCAACAGAAAAAAGGCUGCCCAGCUACCGGGAGUCCGCUGCUGGGGAGGCAACCCUUGGCUCCACGAGCCCUGCUAGCCUCGUCACGUCGAGGCGCUUUGCGCGCUGCUCUGACGGCACAGAAGCCGCAGCCCCUUCCUCCGUCCACACAGCCAACGAACACCAGGGAGGCCCUAAGCAGCCACCGCGGAGCUCGCCGACGGCGCCUUGCCUCCGCUCCCAGCUCAUUUACCUUCUCCGCGUCCCCGACCUCUUCCUCGCCCGCCAUAACAACCCCGCUUGCCAGGCUUCUCCCGGCCGACCAACCGCCGCAGCUAAACCACAGAGCCCUAAAGCCUGAGUUGCGCAGAGAGGCCUCUCGCGCAGACGAAGGCGGCCGCUCUACCCAUCCGUCUCUGCCGUCCACCCGGGUUUUUUCCUCCCUCCCCCUCCUUUCCCCUGUAUGGCCCCUCCUCUAACUCUAUGGUGCUCGGAGAGAAAGAGGGCCGGCGCCAUUUUAGGUCUGGAGAGGAGAUUUCGAGUAAGGAAUCCUUUGUUCAGUGAGAUGGGUCACGGAGCAGCGCGCGCGCCUGCGCGGGAGCGCGCCGCUUCCCUCCGCUCUCACCCUCCCCCACCUCCCAACCAGCAGCCUCGCGCGCGCGCUCCCGCGUCCUGCUCCCGCCACGAACGUCGUCGCGUCAGGGUGUUUGAUGGCGCCUAAUGGCGGGCGGGGCGAGGAGCGCCUCAGGAUAAACCAGCAGCAAGUAAAGACUAACGAGGGCGGUUGGCGGCCCAGCCACGUUCCUGGCGGCCAGGCUGCCGCAAGUGUUUCAUAAUAAGGCUGGCAAGAAAAUUGCGGGACGUUCUCGCAAGUAAGCCGCGACGGCUUGCUGCUUCUUCUGGAAGAAAUCUUCAUGUUAUCUGGACUUUUAUUCUCGUCUGCGGAAAGGCGGGCAUGUGAAUUCGAAGAGUUCCGAACCGAAAGCGCGAAACAUGGGCGUGGUGUGGUGACUGGAGGGGUGGACUAGGACGACCCAGCUGCAAAGGCCCGUAGGGAUUUCUCUCAGCCUCCCCUCCCUCGCAGUUGUAAAUGACAACCCCCGAAGAGCCCAAGUUUGGAUGACUCCCUAAAGCAAACCAUGGCUUAGCAGCAGCAGAAACACCAAGGGCACAGCAAAGCGCCCCUGAUCUCCUCCUAUAGCACAGUAACACUUAGUAUGACAUACGUCCAGGCCCAGGGCCGGAUUUAGGUUUGAUGAGGCCCUAAGCUAUUGAAGGUAAUGGGACCCUUUAUAUGUCCAGCUGUCAACAGCAAAUUGCCGCUGUUUUUUGUGUUGAAUAUAUGCUAUAUGGUAAUU